GGGAAAGGGGCGGUUGCUUGUUGACCAAGAGUUGGUUUCUUCGCUCUGACAGGGUACAAAAGUGGGAAAAUACUGCAAUAUAACCUUCGAAUUUUAAGAUUUGAGGUGCCGAGCAGUCUUUCCAACAUGUCAAAGACGAAAGAAAAACAGUUAGGUCUUCAUAAAGUUAUAAUGGUUGGGAGUGGUGGCGUUGGUAAAUCGGCCUUGACUUUGCAGUUCAUGUACGAAGAGUUUGUAGAGGACUACGAACCAACAAAGGCAGACAGCUAUCGUAAAAAGGUGAUCUUAGACGGAGAUGAAUGUCAAAUUGAUAUUUUAGAUACCGCAGGACAAGAGGACUAUGCUGCAAUUCGAGACAACUACUUUCGAAGCGGUGAAGGAUUUCUUUGUGUCUUCUCAAUAACCGAGCAAGAAUCAUUUGCUGCCACCACAGAAUUUCGAGAACAAAUUCUCCGAGUAAAAUCAGGGAACGAUAGCAUACCAUUCCUUUUAGUGGGAAACAAAGCAGAUUUAACAGACAAACGCCAAGUUACAAGCGAGGAGGCGCUUGAAAAAGCUCAGGAAUGGAAAGUACCUUAUGUGGAAACUUCAGCAAAAACUCGAGCAAACGUUGACAAAGUGUUUUUUGAUUUGAUGAGAGAAAUUAAAUCAAGAAAGAUGGACGAUGGUUCAAAGGAUGCUGGGAAGAGAAAGAAGAAGAAGGGGAAGAAAUGUGUGAUAUUGUGAAACAAAAAGUCUGAGUGGGAUUCGCAUUUAGAAAUUUUUUACACUAUAGUCUACCCUCAAAUGAAAAAAAAUUCUCAUUUGGAAAAUAGCACAAGUAUCUACAAAUUCUAGUUUUUUAUUUAAGCUCCAUUAUUAAUUCUAGUAAACAAUGCACAAAAAUUGAGUAGGUUAGCUCAAUGAAUUUUGCAAU